AUGGAGACAAUGAGACUUGAUUUCUUCUCCAAGCCUAAGAAUCAAAAGCGCAUUGGGGCAGAACUAUACCAGGGUGUUGUUGACGUUAUUGAUGCUGGCGAGACACGUGGUUCUGAGGUUGGAAAGAGAAUCGUGCUACCGCGGACUUUUACGGGAGGUGAUCGAGACAUGCAGCGAAGAUUUCUUGAUGCGAUGGCGAUAGUCCAACGGUUUGGGAAGCCGGAUUACUUCAUCACGAUGACUUGCAACCCACACUCGGAGGAGAUUACAUCUAGACUUGAACCCGGGUAG